CGGCUGGAGCUGCGGCAGAGCAGAGCGGACGAGGCGGCGACGGAGCCCGGGCGGCCGGCGGGAGCGAUGCUGCGCUACAGCUCCGGCGUCUCGCUCACCACCACCACGCCCAAGAAGCCGGAGGACGGCGAGCCCGGCAGGAGGCGGGCCAAUGUUUGUCGACUGCGUCUAACCCUGCCCCCUGAAGAAGAUUCGCUUUCUCAGGAAGGAAAAAGCAAAACAGAAAGAACCAGGAAGCAUCUUUACCAGACCACAAAUGGAUUGCCCGCAGGGAACUUCCCACACGGUGUGGUCUAUGGCGUGGUGCGUAGAUCCGACAGUAAUCAUAACAAAGAAAUGGUGGUCUAUGGAUGGUCAGCGCACCAGCUGAAAGAAGAAAUGAAGUACAUAAGGGAUGUGAGAUUAACUUUAGAAAGAGCAAGAAAGAAAAUGUAUGGAGAAUAUGAUGAGAUGAAACGCAAAAUCCAACAGCUUUCGAAUGAACUGGCAGUCUCAAGCACUCGGCAGGAAUCUUUGGAAAGCCACAUCCAAGUGCACUCAGCAGCUCUGGACAGCUUCAGUGAAAUGAACAGCUCUUUGACCUCAGCCUCCAUUGAGUUGCAGAAAACCUUAGUUGAUGUUACUUUGGAGAACACAGUUAUACGAGAUCAGAUAAAGAGUCUGAAACAAACGCAUGAGCAGUCUAUGGAAAAACUGAAGGAGAAGCAGAAACAACUAGAAACAGCCCGAGUGAAGAAUGAACUGCUCAAGCUAAAAGUGGAAUGUUCCCAAGAGGCUAAUGCAGAAGUAAUGAGAGAGAUGACCAGAAAGCUGUACAGCCAGUAUGAAGAAAAGCUGCAAGAGGAAGAACAGAAGCAUAAGCUUGAGAAAGAAACUCUCAUAGCUGAGACGAACAGACUGCUUAAGGCCAUUGAAGAUGCAAAUAAGAGGAUGAGGCUGACAGAGACGAGUUUGCAAGAAAAAGACCAGAAGAUUGGUGAGCUGGACCAGUUCAUUCAGCGUAUGGAAGAGGAACGUCACCAGUUACAAAAACAACUCCUGGAAUGUGAACUCCAGCUGCAUGGAGCAGACCUUCACAACCAGCCCGGCAGGCAGAGAUCACACCACUUGGAGGAGGCAACGGCCAGUCUGCGCGAACGUAUCAGACAUCUGGAUGACAUGGUUCUUUGCCAACAGAAGAAGGUCAAGCACAUGGUGGAGGAGAUCGAGAUGCAGAAGAGGAAGAUGAAGGAAAAAGAGCUCUUUAUACUGCAGCUUCUAGAGAAAAUCUCUUUCCUGGAAGGAGAGAACAAAGAAUUGCAAGACCGCUUGGACUACUUGAUGGAAACGCAGCCAAAGACUGACGUGGAAACCAGAGACGUUGGAGUCGGCUGUGAUCUUCCACUGAGCACUGAGCAGAGCAGCAGGCCUUUGGUGGCCAUGCCGGCAAGGAACUACACUCCGUUCAAGAGAGUCCUGGAAUAUUCCUCAAGAACAGGCUUGUCCGCCGACCAGGCAGGCCGGGGCCUCCCUCUCGAGUGAGCGAGCAUCUUGGGCCUCUUCUGCAUCUGGAAGGACUGAUGAGAAGGAUGCGGGUGCUACACGGCACAGCUGGACCUGCCCAGAGCCUCUUGGGAAACCUGGGUUUGUGUCUGCUCUCGAUAGAUGCUCCUCUGCGGGAGAGCAGAAGGGUGAGCAAAACCAUGACGCUUCCACACAAGUCCAUUUUCAGCACUCCUGAAGAGCGGGACUCUGGUGCAGCGUGCCGGACAGUGCAGUGAAGGGAAAAGAAUCCAUCUUUAGUCUAUUUGUGAGGCUGGUGAGUGGAAGCCCUCCUUGCCCCCCACCUCCUCACCCCAGGGCAGUUGUUCUUGCCUGAAGAGGGGGCCAUGCAACUGCCCAAGACAGUUUGGCAGCUGAUACUGGCCUGGAAUGGGGUGCAGGGGAGCGUGGAAGGCCUGGCUCAAAGCCUGUUUUCUUGGAUCGUGGUGCCCCUUAAGAUGCCACCAUUGGAGCACCUGCUGUCCAUUUCAGCCCCCCACCCUUCCCCUCCUCCGAGCUUGGAGAAAUGGGAUGUCCUUGGUCUUAAGAGCCCAACCUUAUGCUCUGCAGAUACGUUAACGGUCAAGAUUACAUAUUCAUGAAUGCAUCGUCUUAGAUAGGAACUAGCAAUUGCUUGGUGCCUUGAUUUAGACUGGAGAGACCAUGCAGAGAGAAGUUGUUUAAUCCCGAUCAAAUGAGACUUCUGUUCUCCUGCAGUCUUGCUGGUCUGGAAAGGAAGAACAUGCAGGCCUCUGCUCUUGGCGUGUCUUCUUUCCUGGGCUCACAAUGAGGAGGCAGCUUUGGGAGGUGAAGCCACUGAGGGGUGGGUGGAGCUCACCUCCUCCCCAGCCCCUACUUCCCUUUCAAAGCCUUGCCCCUACUUUGGCCCCCAAGAUUCCCAUUUUGCAUCCUUCAGUCUUCCAUACACGCCCCAUAUGUCUCCAGGAAAUGCAGGGUCAGUUCUCCGAGUAUUUUAAAUGAAAGUUUUUACACACUUACAUUUAAUCGUCCUAUUUAUGAAAACACAUUACUUCAUAUAUUUAAAAUUUUGUAAUAGUGAUCUGUCAAAGUACAGCUAAAAAUCCUUUGUCCUGAAGUUUCAGCUGGAUGUAGCUAAUACCACCAGUGCCUUUUGUACAG